AUGACAGGCAGAAAUUUUGAAGUUCGAGAAAUCACCACUAAAGAAGAAUUUGCACGCUUGAACGACGUACUGUGGACCGCUAACUUCCAUCCAUACGAACCUGCCUUCAUCAUUUUCCACGCCGUCAAUGGCCAUGCACCAGAGGACCGCGCCAAAGACAAGGCCACAGACACAGACCUUCAAUGGGCCAAACACGAGCAGACAUGUGGUUCUCACUACAUCUACACCAUUGAAAGGUCGACAGGCCGAGUCGUAGGUGGCUGUCAAUGGAUAUUCUACCACGAGAAUCCCUUCCCUAACGGCCCGCACCAAGUACCUUGCACCUGGUACCCUGCCGGAUCCGAGCGCGCCAAAUACGCCUCCCACGUUGCGACCCAAUUCCUGUAUCCGCGACAGUGCUGGUUUCAGCGGCCUCAUGCUGGUGUGUUACCUUUCCCGGAGGUUAACGGUGGUGUGAAUGAGAGCUGA